AUGAUUUAUAUGCGAUUAUCAAUCGUUCGAGGUGUAGCGUGGGUGCAACGUGCGAUCAUAGCGCGGCGCGGAGAGGGCGGCGCGAGUGUGCGCGAGUGCGCGUGUGGUGGUGAGGCGGCGCGCCUUCAGUCGGCGGCAGAGAGUCGCGCGCGUCGUCUCGUCCGCUCGCCGUCGCUGCACCUCCCGCACACCUGCCCGCUGAGGCCCUGCUCACUCUCACGCUGCGCGGAGGUCACUCCGACCUCGCCGCUCGGUUCGGUUCUCGGCGAUUUCACUCCGCGUCACAACAGGUGGGUAUCGUGUGAGGAAAGCCGCGAUGAGAGUGGUCGCUGGCAAGUGGCAGAGCGUUCGCUGAAUAUUUAUAGCAUGUCAGUAGGAAAGUGUCGUCCGUGUGUCGACGAGCCAGCCCGCACCGCGUGCCGCGCCGCGGCGGCCCGCAUGCCGGCCGUCCGCUCAGCUGAUCUCUUGUCCUACAAAACAUUUCGUCACUGU